AGGAAGUGAUGUUUGCUGCGCUGACCAGGGCGUGAGCUUGAUGUUGAUGCGCAGCUCGUGAAGCUUCAGAGCAGAAAGACGUCUGAUCAAAAGUCAAAUAUUGAAGAUCAACAGAGGAAAGUGAAGAGGGCACUGUGACCAUGAAUCUCUCCGCCCCCCUCCCAUUGGUCCUCCUCCUCUUCCUGAGUCCAGCCUCCUCUCAGACCGUCAACCCCUCUGUGGAGGAUUUGACCAAUAGGAACUCAGACUUCGCCACCCGGUUGUAUCGAGUGGUCGCUAGUCGGACUGACGAGAACGUCUUCCUGUCUCCGUUCACGCUGUCCGCCGGACUGAUGGCGCUGCUGACUGCCAGCAACGGGCCGACCCAGGACCAGCUGCUUCAAGGACUUACCCUGACUGGACUGGACCCACAAACUCUACCAGAUUUGUUUCAGACUCUAAGGACCAUCGUCCUGCAGAGGGGCGGGAACCUGCAGCAGGGCGUGGCCAUCCUCCCCGCCCAGGGCUUCCAGUUGUCCCCCUCCUACCUGGACCUGGUUCAGACAAAAUUUGGGGGACAUGCUGAGAAUCUGGUCUACACAGCACCACAGGAAGCCGUUGACAACAUCAACCGCUGGGUCCAGCAGCAGACCAGUGAUCAGGUCCGGGAGCUGGUGACCAACCUGGACCCCCAGACCCAGCUGCUGCUUGCCACUGCUGCUUCAUACCAGACUCAGUUCACUCCGUACUUUAACGCAUCCCUCUCUCAGGACGAGCGUUUCUACGUGGACAAGUAUCACGUCGUCAUGGUUACCAUGAUGUUUAGGGCCGAUAAGUACUUCCUCGCAUACGACCGCUUGGUGAAGGUCGGCGUGUUGAAGCUGCCGAUGACGGACGGAGCAGCGAUGUUAGUGGUGCUGCCUGAUGAAGACGUGGACAUCAACACAGUCGAAGACGAAAUAACAGCCGAGAAGAUUCAGGCCUGGAUCAAACAGCUGAAGAAGACGAAGUUGGAGGUGCAGCUCCCUCGCUUCAUGUUGGAGCGUUCCUAUUCUCUGAAGGACGUCCUGCAGACUCUUGACAUCACUCAGGUGUUUCAGGACGACGCUGACACCACCAACAUGGGUGGGGCUAAAGGACCCAGACUCACAGAGGUUUUCCACAAAUCCAUCGUCUCAGUUGACGAGCGCAGUGAUAACAUCCCUGAAGGGGGCGGAGUCAGUGUGUUCUCUGCUCUUCCUCCUCGACUGACCAUCAACAGACCCUUCAUCUUCAUCAUCUACCAGCCGACCACUGGCAACCUGCUGUUCAUCGGCCGAGUGGUUGACCCCACCAAGAAAUAAUAACAGCUAGGUUACCUGAGAGGUUGCUUAGCCACGUCCACCUGAGUAAACACCUAUCAAACUUUACGUUAACAGUUUAAAAAGAGGAUGUAGCAGGUGUACAAUGUUCUAAUGUUAUUCUACUGUCAGUAGACUCUUGUCUCGGUCUGUAGUGUUUACCGUGUUUUCCAGCCUGAGGGUCCGGACUCCCCGAGGGACCGCAAGAUCAAUCUGAACGGCCCUGACUUUGAUUUGAUUUUUUCACUUACCUGGUUCAUGACCAAACAACAUGUAAUGACAUUCCCAUCAGCCUCAGCUGGACGCUGUGUUUACUGCUAAUUAGCAUAGUAAACAUACCUGCUAAACAUCAGCUGAUGUUAGUAUGUAGUUCAAUGUCAAGAAUAAACUUAAAGAUAAAAAAUCAAUAUCUGGUUGUUGUCAUGUGACCAGUGAUGAGAUCACACGCUGACGCUGCUUCGUUUUCAACGUUGAUUGUAAUGUUCCCUUCACCCUCUCACUGAGGAUCUGUGAUUUAUGUUUGAUGCAGAGUCAUCCAGUGACUGAACGCAGCACACUGCCCUGUACAGGGAGGAGGAGUCAAACAGAGUAUUAAUCUGUGUGACAUCUGCGCCACAGCCCUGAACUUAAAGUCACCAUGUUGGAGUAACUACAACCUGAGACUAGUCCUCCCUGUAGUAACCUGGUAGUAAACAGUGUUGAUGAGUCCUGGAUGACUGACCGGUGUGGUGACAUCCCAUCCGCCUCAGCUGGACUGUGUUUACAGCUAAUCAGCAUGUUAGCAUUUUAGCAUGACAGCAACUAUCAUACCAUACCACAUGUUCUAUUCAUAGUUGAUGACUGUUAUUAACCACCUGUACAACAUUAAAUAUUUAAAAACA